GAUAGAUCAAUCAUGUACCGGUACUGUAGCACCAAGAGUUUACACUCCACUUUUCGAAGAAACAACGGUGACCAUGCGACCAUCACAUAUUUCCAUUCUAAUACUCCUUUCGCUUUUCUCUUCUUGCGAUGCAACAGCUCUGAGCAAUUGGAUCAGCAGUGACGAUGGUCCUUGGGAUCAGUUUCAGCUAUGGAUGUCGUCUGUCAUUUUUGGUUGGAGAGGCAAAGCCCUGUCCAAGGACGAAACCUUCACUGACACGGGCGCAGAAGUCUUUGCAAUUACCUUUUCGGACCAAGACCUAGCUCGACAUGUGGAUCCAUCUGUGCUGCUGGACAGUCUCAACAUUACCAAAGUGACGCAACUCAAUGGUAUCAAUGGCAAUUCCAAGAACCGAUAUGUUUGGUCCAUGGCGUUGGACGAUGACGAUGGAUUG